AUGGCAUCUUCGUCAAACCAUAAUUUGGAUGACUUCCUUGAUGAAAAAUUUGAUGAGUUCUAUGAUCAAAAGUUUGAAGAAGCCUAUGAAGAAGUUUUAGAGCGUCUUGCUGCAGCUAAGAAGAAGAAGAAAAGAGCAUACAUUGAACGAGAACGGGAACAAGGUCACCUCCGAAUGAACAAGCUGUUAUUUUUGCGGAUUGUGGAUAAGCUAUCUGAAGAAGUUCCAUACUUUCAACAAAGACGGAACGCUGCCGGUCGUCUAGGGCUAUCAGCACUACAGAAAUGUACCGCAGCCAUUCGUAUGAUGGCAUAUGGUUGUGCGGCAUACGCGGUGGACGAAUACCUCCGACUAGGUGAAUCAACCGCAAUUUUAUACCUGGAAAAUUUCACUGCCGGUAUAAUAGAAUGUUUUGGAGAUAAGUACCUCAGAAGACCGACACCAGAAGAUCUCCAAAACCUACUCGACGUUGGAGAGGAACGUGGCUUUCCCGGGAUGAUAGGAAGCAUUGAUUGUAUGCAUUGGGAAUGGAAGAACUGUCCUACCGCUUGGAAAGGCCAGUAUACACGUGGUGCAGGAAAACCGACAAUCGUAUUAGAAGCUGUUGCAUCAUACGAUCUUUGGAUAUGGCACGAAUUCUUUGGGCCUCCAGGUACUUUGAACGAUAUAAACGUGCUUGACCGUUCACCUGUGUUUGAUGACAUAUUACAAGGUCGAGCCCCAAAAGUGAGGUAUACCGUCAACGGUCACAACUAUAAGUUGCCUUAUUACCUCACCGACGGUAUCUAUCCGAAAUGGGCAACCUUUAUACAAUCCAUUCACCUUCCACAAGAUGAGAAAGCAACAACGUUUGCUAAACAUCAAGAAUCUGUCCGGAAAGAUGUCGAGCGUGCUUUCGGAGUUCUCCAAGCCCGAUUUGCUAUUAUUAAAAAUUCAGCACUCAUCUAG